AAAACAACUACGCAGUGCCAAGCGCCAUCUUUGUUUAUUAAAUUUGACAUUUCUCAUUAGAAAUUCUGAAUUGUCAGUGAAUCACUAAAAAUCAGAAAGAUAUCAAAAUAAUACUCUGAUUAAGUGGAAUUUCUGUUUUACUAGUGCAUAAUAUUUAACUCAAUUAGUUAAAAGUAGUAGAAGAACAAACCUUGGUUAAGGACAAAGGAAGUCUGGUGGUUAAUCAAGAUAAUCUCCUUGGUCAACAAAUGUUCUAAAAUAGAACAUAAGAAUUUCUUACGAAGCUUCUAAAUGGGUGCGGCUUUAGGACUGUGUUCAGCUGCACAGCUUGCAUGCUGUUGCGGAAGUGCAGCCUGUUCCCUAUGCUGCUCAGCAUGCCCCUCAUGCAGAAACUCGACGUCGUCUCGCAUAAUGUAUGCGUUGAUGUUACUUGUGACUACGGUGGCAGCUUGUAUAACCCUCUCACCAGGGUUGCAGGAUGUUCUGAAGAAGGUUCCGUUUUGUAAGAAUGGUUCAGGGAGUUCACUAGCUAGCGGUUUGGUUUUGGAUUGCGAAAAAGCUGUGGGGUAUUUGGCUGUUUAUCGAAUAUGUUUCAUACUGACCUGCUUUUUUGUUUUGAUGUCAAUGAUCAUGAUUGGGGUCAAGUCUUCUAGGGAUCCAAGAAGUGGAAUACAAAAUGGAUUUUGGGGGUUAAAGUACUUGCUUGUUGUGGGCGGUGUAGUAGGUUCCUUUUUUAUCCCUGAAGGCACUUUUGGCUCGGUUUGGAUGUACUUUGGAAUGAUUGGAGGGUUUAUGUUCAUCAUAAUCCAGUUAAUUUUGAUUGUCGAUUUUGCUCAUUCUUGGGCCGAGGCUUGGGUCGGAAAUUAUGAAGAAACCGAAUCUAAGGGAUGGUAUUAUGGCUUAAUUGGAGUUACACUGUUAAAUUAUUGCAUCAGCAUUACCGGGAUUGUUUUGUUGUUUGUGUUCUUUACCAAGUCCGAUGAUUGCGAUUUGAAUAAAUUCUUCCUUUCAAUCAACCUUAUUUUCUGCGUCAUGGUAAGCGCAGUGUCAAUUUUACCGGCGGUUCAAGAGAAAAUGCCCAGGUCCGGACUUUUGCAAUCUUCGGUUGUCACAAUUUACGUCACCUACUUGACUUGGUCCGCCGUUGCCAACUCUAAAGAGGAAUGCAAUCCCGGAAUGUGGGGGAUAUUCGGCGUGAAAUCCUCAUCGCACAGCAACAUUGAUAUUAUCGGUCUUUUCAUUUGGAUGUGCUGUGUGUUGUACUCCUCUCUGCGCACGGCCAGCAAAUCCUCCAAGAUAACCAUGUCCGACAAUAUUUUGGCCAAAGACACCGGAGCCGACAAAGAUAAAGAUUUGAAAAGUUUGGAUAAUAAGGAUAGUAAAAAUAAUAAGGGUAAUGACAGUGAUGGCGGCGAAAGUGGCAGGAAGGUUUGGGACAACGAAGAGGAGACCGUCGCUUACAAUUGGAGCUUUUUCCACAUCAUGUUUGCCUUGGCAACCCUUUACGUCAUGAUGACCCUUACCAAUUGGUACAAACCAAAUGCUUCUUCCUUGGAAACUUUCACGGUAAACGCUGGCUCAAUGUGGAUAAAGGCAAUAUCAAGUUGGCUAUGCCUUGCUCUGUACUCGUGGACCCUGCUUGCUCCGAUUUUGCUACGCGACAGAGAAUUUGGAAAUUAAACACCCUCCAUUUUCUGUCAGCAUUUAACACACUUAUAAUAAUUAUUAUAAUAUAAUAACUUCACUGUUUAUGUGAUAUUUAAUCCUUAAUCCAUUGCCCCUAUUUGCAAUCGAUUAAAUACUGUUUUAUAGAGUAGUUAGGUCUACUUAAGUUUUAGUUAAUUUUUUACUUUUUAGUUUUAAAUAGAUGUUGUGAUAUGAAUGUAUAUAAAAGUUUUAUCCCAAAUAAAGGCUUUUUAAUCUUGA